GGAUAUUUCACAGCAGGAUUAUGUAUAAACAGUCAGAGUUAAAAGUGUGUAUUAAAACACUUUAAAGUGCACUUUGUGACGGAGAUGCCAGCGGCACCUGUGACCGAACGCACAGUUUCCCACUCAGAGGCUUAAAACUCUGUAAGCUACACGUCAGGGUUAAUAAUCUGCUACUGUUUCAAAGAGAGGCUCUGGCACCUCAAAAACUCAACUUCUUCACUGAUUAAACCAGACAGUGGAUACACUCUGCGUAGCUUUAUAAUGUCAGGGAAGGAUAUUGGUGUUGUUCUCUUGCUACUGAUAUUAGGAUGGGAUUGUGGGAAAGCGAUAAAAGACCUGCAGCCUUCAUUGACUGACCAGGAGAUGUUCUGGGGAGCGAACCAGUACGACUUUGCCAUUGUGCUGCCUGCCUCGGACCUCGAGUGCUUCUGGCAUUUUGCACACCAAGGCGAACACUUUUUUCUCAAUUUCAUGGUUCAGUGGGCGACAGGGAUGGGUGUUGACAGACACCUGGCAGUUAAUGUAAAUGCUCCAAGUGGCCUUAUCGUGGGCUCAGUAGACGAUGCCGCAGGGGAGAUAGCCUUUGAAGCUAAAGAGACUGGCUUUUAUCAGAUGUGCUUUAGCAACUUCCAUAACCAUUUUGGCAGUAUGCAGAUCUUCGUGAACUUUGGUGUGUACUACCAGGAUUCAGGGGAUUCCAAGAAAGAUGAUACUGAGAAACAGCUGAAUAGCACACUGGAUACCAUCGAAGAUAGCUCCAGCCGGCUGCAGUUAUCAGUGUUCCACAUGUGGCGUUACUAUAGCAUGGAGCGCAUGAGAAGAGCAACCGAUUACUACCUGCUCCAAUCCAACUCUAACUACGUCAGCACUUGGUCGGCUCUGCAGAGCCUCGUCAUUAUUCUGGCUGGAUACCUGCAGCUCUUCUUCCUCAAAAGGCUUUUCAACACCAAGCAGACCACAGAGACUGAAAAACCCCGCUGUUGAUCUGUUCUUUACAAAUGAUGCCGAUCACAUGUCUGAGGACAUAAAGGACAUAAUUAGGCUUAUGAAAUUCAAUGGUUUCCCUCACUGUCUCUCUUCCUUGCUAAUAAAUCUUGCUAUUCUUUCAUAAAAUCAAUAGAAUGUCAACAGAAAAAGAGAAUAAAGCUCACAGGUGCUCUCUAAUUUCUUGGGGUUUA